AUGUCUAUCCGCGUCCUGAUCAAAGACUACCCGCACCGCGCAAUCGCACUUGCUACCUCAACCCACGCCCUCGUCCUCCGACACAGCGCCUCCACCACCGAGCACAAUGGGAAUCCAAAUGCUUCGUCAACGUCGCUGGGAAGUAAUGGCGCUGGCGUCGCGCGCUGCAUGGUCGAGUUCACACGGUUGGAGGAAAUCGACCUGGAGGACUACAGGGCUAUAAACUCAGUCAACGUACAUGGUACCCUGGGGCUGAUUACCGUGGACAACAAUGUCUUCUUGAUUGUAGUCAACGGCGCAAGCAAAGUUGCGACCGUACGGCCGGGCGAGACCGUGCAACGAAUACAUUCUGUCGGCUUCUACUGCCUGACCAGCACCAGCUAUGACAUGCUGCUUGACAAUGAAGUCAACCCCUACCCUACCGAUACAAUAGACGAUGAGGGAUAUGAAAUGGGGUUUGGGGGCAGGAAAGAACAGAGCCCGACGGAGCACCCGUGUCUGGCGCUCAAGAAGAUUCUCAGCAGCGGAACCUUCUAUUACAGCUCAGACUUUGACCUUACCAGGCGGCUGCAAGAUCGUACUACGGACGCCACCACCGUCUCUAUCGACAGCCUGGAUGCCGGAUUUCUGUGGAAUUCAUACAUGAUACAGCCACUGGUAGACUUCAGGAGUAGGCUCGCAUCGAGGGACAAAGAGGCGCUGGACGCAUCGGGAAUCCUGACAUCAGCGAUUCGCGGUUUCGCGCUGACGAUUACAAUUCCCAAGGCCUCAGCACCCAUCAGGGUCCAGGACUCGGGUAUGCCUUCUUCCAUGACCCUUAUUUCUAGACUAUCAUGCAAAAGGGCUGGUACCAGGUUCAACUCACGAGGCAUCGACGACGACGGAAACGUCGCGAACUUUGUUGAGACUGAAACCAUCCAUUGGGCUCCAUCAGGAGCUUGCUUCUCGUACGUACAAGUGCGAGGAAGUGUGCCUAUCUUUUGGGAGCAACAAGCUGGCCUUUUGCCCAAUCAACAGAAGAUCACCAUCACGCGAUCUCCAGAAGCCACCCAGCCGGCUUUUGAUAAGCACUUUGAAAACCUAGAGCUGAGCUAUGGCACGAUACACGUAGUCAAUUUGCUGAGCAAUGAAAAGCAGAAUGAGCUAGAGUUGUCAUAUAGAUAUCGUGGUCAUAUCCGCAACAGCCCGCUGAACCAUGGGCAUGAUCCCGCUCAACAUGAACACGAUCUCAUCAAGCUUACCGAAUACGAUUUCCAUGCCGAGACACGUGGUCCAGGUGGGUACGAGAUGGCCAGCAUGAUCGCCAGAUGGAUCCAAGAUUCUGCAGAAGGCUUUGGAUACUACCUUUCUGAAGAGGUAGAAGAGCAAACGAGACACAACGGGCAAGACUAUCUUGUUCGGCGGACCAUGACCAUAUUGCAGCAAGAGGGAAUUUUUAGAACGAACUGUCUAGAUUGUCUCGAUCGCACAAAUCUUGUCCAAACCAUCAUCAGCAAGAUGGCGCUUGAAUUGUUCUUGAGCCAUAAAGGCCUCAGAGCCAGUCAAGACUUCUGGGCCAGACAUUCGAGCAUGUGGGCAGACAACGGCGAUGCUCUAUCCAAGAUUUAUGCCGGCACCGGCGCUUUGAAGUCUUCUUUUACGCGAUCUGGAAAGAUGUCGCUUGCCGGUGCUCUUGCAGAUGCUCGGAAAAGCGCCACGCGAAUGUACAUCAAUAACUUUGCUGAUAAGGGGCGGCAAAACACAAUCGACAUGCUGCUCGGACGACUCAUUGGCCAAGUGCCAGUGCAUCUUUACGACCCAAUAAACGACUUUGUUGUCACUGAGCUUGCAAGGCGGUCCGUAGAGUACUCAGAAACCGAGAUGAUCAACAUACUUGUCGGGACAUUCAACCUAAACGGAAAGACGGAUGGUAUCAGAAGUGAUCUGUCGCCAUGGCUGUGUCCUGAUGUUGAUUCUUCGCAGCAGUGCCCUGAGAUAGUAGCUGUGGGAUUCCAAGAAAUAGUUGAGUUGAGCCCGCAGCAGAUUAUGUCGACAGAUCCAGAUCGACGAGAGGCUUGGGAAGAGGCCGUAAGGGCGUGUCUGAACAGAAACGCUGAGAGACACGGCAAGGAUGAAUAUGUCAUGCUCAGGGGCGGGCAGCUAGUCGGGGCAAGCCUGUCAGUUUUUGUCCGGUCAGACUGUCUAAAGCACAUCAAGAAUGUUGAGGGUGCUUUGAAGAAGACCGGUAUGUCUGGAAUGGCUGGCAACAAAGGCGCUGUGGCAAUCCGCUUCGAAUACGCCAAUACCUCAAUCUGCCUCGUCACUGCACAUCUUGCAGCUGGUUUUGCCAACUACGAAGAGCGCAACCGCGACUACAAGACAAUCAGCCACGGAUUGCGAUUUCAGAGAAACAGAUCAAUCGACGACCAUGAUACCGUGAUAUGGCUUGGUGACUUCAACUACCGGAUAGGUCUGAGUAAUGAGAAGGUGAAGAAAUUGUGUCAUGUCGGCGACCUUGAGACGUUAUAUGAGAACGACCAGCUCAACUUGCAGAUGGUCGCAGGUUUAACCUUCCCUUACUAUUCGGAAGCGCGCAUUACCUUCCCACCCACGUACAAGUACGAUCUUAAUAGUGAUCAGUAUGAUACGUCAGAGAAGGCACGCAUACCUGCAUGGUGCGACCGUGUUCUUCGCAAAGGCGACAAUAUUCGACAGAUACACUACAACGACGCGCCCCUUCGAUUUUCUGAUCAUCGACCAGUCUAUGCGACGUUCCAAGUUUUGGUGCAAAGAGUUGACGAAAAGAAGAAAGAGAGCCUGAAAGCGGCUCUGUAUAGACAGCGAAGGGAGUUUGUUGGCGACACCAGGGCAGCUGACCAUCUAGGGGAAGAUGAAACAGACGAUGAAGAUUUGCUUGGAUACGACAGUAUAGAGCCAGGGCUACCACCGGCAAGUUCCGAUCGGAGGAAAUGGUGGCUUGACAAUGGUCUCCCAGCAAAAGCGCGCGUCCAGCCGCCAUCUAGCGAUCUUUUGCCCAAUCCGAACAGACCCAGCAACCCUUUCACCCCCAGCCCAGAACCAGAUUGGGUGGAUAUCAAGCAAUUGCAGAACAGUCGUAGCAGACCAGAGCCACCACCAGCACGCGGCUCGCAAAGGGCACGCACAGUUGACUUCAACGAUCCGAUAUCGUCGACAAACUCAGCAGCAACGCAGAAGCCAACGGCACGCAAGAUGAUUGCACCGCUGUAUCCGGGCCAUGCACAGCAGAUCCUUGGCCCAGAAGGCUCGCGAAACGGGUUGAAUGAUCUUCGACGGUCCGGCUCAGGAGCUUCAACACACUCUUUACCCACUCUACCCUACCGGGCCUCAAACAUGCCGCUCCAAAGCCAACCUUCCGGUAGCAGCAAACCACAGGUACUCCGUAAACCCGCUCCGCCAAUUCCGAACAAGAAACCGGCUCUUCUUACCAAAUCAUCUUCUACACGAACUUCACCGACCCCGCCGCUUCAAAGAUACCGUGAUGAUCCGCCAACGGAGGAAUUGAGGACGUAUCCUCCACCACCAGUGAAGCGAUCAAUGGCACCUCCUCCUAACCUUGCACGGAAACCGAUACAAAACUUGAUUGACGACGAUGAUCAUAAGCCGGCUCUGCCUCCGCGGACAAACACUAACGGAGGUGGACGAACUGGUAUGGGUGGGAGGAGCUUGAUGGACGAUGAGCCCGAGGACAUGCAGAAUAUGAGGGAUUGGGAGGUGCUCAGACCUGUGCGAUGA